CGCUUCGCAGCCGCCGCGCGCGACACCCGUGCCGCGCCGCCGCCGCCACGCAACACGACGUGCGACGCUAAUCGCUUAUCGCGACAACACGCGCGCUCCUCCAUAACUACUCACUGUGUUUUUCAAGAGUUUAGGAAAGUUUUCGACCUUGGGUAUGUAAGAAGUAAGGCGAUGCAUGACGUGAGGCGCGGAUAGCAGCAACCGCAGCGUGACCGCGGCGUGGACGUGGCGUGAGCACGGCGUGGGCGCGGCGUGAGCGCGGCGUGGCGCGCCAUGGACGACCCCGAGCGCAUCGCGCGCGACGCCUCCGCCUGCCAGCGCGAGCUCAACACCACCGCGCCCCCGCCAGGCGUGCACUGCGAGGGCACGUUCGACUCGUGGCUGUGCUGGCCGGCCACGCCCGCCAACACCACGGCCUACCGCGCCUGCCCCGAGUUCGUACCCGGCUUCAGUCCAGAACUGUUGGCGCACAAGGAGUGCACGGCCAACGGCACCUGGUGGCAGCACCCGCAGACCGGCCGGCCCUGGUCCAACUACACCACGUGCAUCAAGCCCGAAGAUGACGUGAGCGACAUCAUCGCGGUGUACGAGGCCGGCUACAGCGUGUCCCUGGUGGCGCUGCUGCUGUCGCUCGCCAUCCUGCUGUACUUCAAGUCGCUGCGGUGCGCGCGCAUCACGGUGCACAUGAACCUGUUCGCGUCGUUCGCGGCCAACAACGCGCUGUGGCUGGCGUGGUACGGGCUGGUGGUACGAGCGCCCGCCACGCUGACGGCGUCGCCCGCCUGGUGCCGCGCGCUCAACGCGGCGCUGCAGUACGCGCUGCUCACCAACUACACGUGGAUGCUGUGCGAGGGCCUGUACCUGCACACGGUGCUGGUGAGCGCCUUCGUGUCCGAGCGCCGCCUGCUGCGCGCGCUGCUGGCGCUGGGCUGGCUGCUGCCGCUCACCUCGGCCGCCGUGUACGUGGGCCGCCGCGCCGCCGCCGACGAGCCGCUGUGCUGGAUGGACGACGCGGCGCCGCGCCUCGAGCUGGCCGUGCUCGCGUGCGGCGCCGUGCUGCUCAACGUGGCCUUCCUGUGCAACAUCGUGCGCGUGCUGUGCACCAAGCUGCGCGCGGGCGGCGGCGUGGGCGGCGCCGGCGGCCCCGCGCGGCCCUCCGCCACGGCGCUGCACGCGCUGCGUGCCACGUGCCUGCUGGCGCCGCUGCUGGGGCUGCAGUACCUGCUCAUGCCAUUCCGGCCCGACCACACGGCGCCGUGGUGGCUGGCGUACGAGUACGUGUCGGCGCUGACCACGUCGCUGCAGGGGCUGUGCGUGGCCGUGCUGUACUGCUUCUGCAACGGCGAGGUGCUGGCGCAGCUGCGGCGGCGCUGGCGCGUGCUGACGUUCCGGCCGCGCGCCAACUCGGCCACGGCCACCACGGUGUCGGUGAGUAUGUGCGGGCGGCGCGGCCCGCCCCCGCGCCCCGCACUCCCCUCACCCCCGCGCGUGUUGCAGUUCGUCCGCUCGGCCGCACCCGGCGCCGGCGAGGACAAGGUGUGACUGGCGGCGGGCGGCGACGUGCCCGCCCCCCCCUCGCCCCGCUCGCCGCGCUCGCCCGAGAGCCGCCGCAGCGCGCGCCACAUCCGCUUCGAGUGCGGCGACAGCGACGACGACGCCACGCCCGACCGCCGCCUGCUGUGAGCGCGCUCGCGACCACUUGACUGUGUGAGAACAUUCUCUCUGUGUGAACUUGACGCCAGCGUCGGCGAGUGCGUGUCUCCGGCGUGUUCAGUGAUCGUCGUAGGAAUGCUUAGUGUGUGUAGCGACAAGACACGCGGCCCCUCAGGCCUCUGCCAUGUACAAAUUGUAAAUAUUUUUAUAAUGUAAAAAAUAUAAGGGCGUUACAGGAAA